CUUCUACGCUCUCAUUUCUCUGAGUACCAGAACCGGCGAAGAGCUGAAAAACAGAUUAGAAACUAGAAACUGAACUCAGGACAGAUACAGCUCGUCUGCUCGUUGAGCCUUUGGUGAAAGUGCCAAAACAACUGUGCGUAAUUACGCAUACAAAAAUAAAGAAAGAACAAUGAGUGCCACGACCGCUAUGAAAGUGAACGCCGAAGCCAGACGGAUCCUGGCCGUGUCGAUAAGCAAGCUGUACGCCUCCAGGACCCAGAGAGGCGGACUGAGACUCCACCGGAGCCUUCUGCUCUCCAUGGUCAUGAGGUCCGCCCGGGACAUCUACCACUCCUCCCGCGAGAGCGAGGAGCUGUGGGGCGCGCAGCCGACAUCGGAGGAGCCGAUGGAGACCGGCUCCUGCUCGGGGGAACAAACCGUGCUGCCGGAGCCUCAGCCCGAGCCCCAGCCGGCGAUGAUCUCCGCCGAGCCGCCCUCGGAGGAGCCGGACAGCGAGGACGAAGGGUGUGAUGGGGAAACCGCGGAGGACAAAGAGAACAUGAGCCCGACGAAGCAGUCCAGGAAACGCCGGGGCAAGGCGUCGGCGGCGCCCGACUUCCUCCCCAGCAAGAGGGCGAGGCUGGAGCCCGGCGAGGAGAGGCACGCGGCGCUGCCGGGCAGCUGUCGCGCCGGCGCCGGGGAGUCCCUGAUCGCGUUGUCACUAAAUCGGGUUAUACCCGCUUUUUGAACAGACGGAGAAAGUGAGCCUCCAAUUGGACUUUGGAGUGGAGUGAUUCUGAACUCCUCGUAGACCUACAAGGGACGGGUUGACCCCCCCCACCGUUGGCACACCAAGGAGCUGACCUACACCGGCGGUCCCGGGACCGAGGGAUUUACCGGGACCAUGGUGCGAGAUCUCUGGUCGAUCUGAGUGGGCCUGCCGGGCUAUAGGCGAUGCCUCCUGCCCCCCCUCCGCUACAGAGCAGAGAAGAAAACAUGCAGGCCCGAAGAGAGAGCUGCACGGGCCGGAAAGUUUGAGGAAGAAACCGAAGGGGGAAGUUGCUGUUUGAUGAUUCACCUUCCAAACAAGUGACUGUUGCUGACUCAAAAGUGUGUGCGCGUGUGAAUCAGCAGAGAGUGAUAUGAGUCAAAACAAACACACACACACACACACACACACACACACACACGCACACAAACACAACGAGGACUUGAGGGAAUUUCCUGCCUUCAUACCGGGAUAUCAGGCCCGAUAGAGGAAGUACAGUUGGGGCAGACUCACUGCCACACACGCACACACACGCACGCGCACACACACACACACACACACACACACGCAUUCAGCUGCUGCUGUGGACUUGAUGAAUCAAUACUACUGCUAUAGGGGACAUGUCCUGACCUGUGUUCACAUGGUGCUUUGAGGCUGUCCACGUGGUGUCGGAAGUCAUUUUGUGUGUUUUUAUGUCAAUCAAAUGUUCAGACCUGUGAAAAAUGAUAUUACCUCACAUUCCAAGCUGCUUUUGUUUUUUUGAAUUAAAGGUGUAAAUAUUUGUAAUAAACACAUUGUAAAGGGUACUCAGUUGUGCUGCUCUCUUUGUACACGCACACACACACACACACACACACACACACACACACACACACACACACCACAGUGGCAUCUUAUUUCCAAAUUAAAAGGCUGUUGGUCUAUAUUAGGCCACAGUUCACAGGGUCAAUCCUCUAUAAGAGGGAGCAAGUUGGUACAACCCAGCGCCGUGUCUGGCUUGCCGCCACUAAUCUCAUGCUUAUAGUGAGGCACGCACACACACACACACACAUUCAAACAAACAACACACACACACUUUAGUCCGGGGUCGUACCGUUUCCUGUAGAUUACGACAGAACUGUGACUCACAUGCUUCCCUCCCAGCGUGACCUGACACUGAUUCAGAGAGGGAUAAUAAAAACAGAUGUUACGCAACCUCGCUGGGGGCCAAAACACUUUGUGUUGAGUAACGCAGCAGGUAGUGUUCAUAGCCCGGGGGCCUCUUCGUCUUCGUCAUCGUCAUUAGAAGCAGCAGC